AUGGCGUUUGACGCAUCCCGAUGGCUGCAGGAAGACGUCAAAGAUAUUGACCCUUCAUCGCGCCAAUUGCUAGAGACCUACUCCGGCCUAUCGCCAGAAGAAGUUGUACCACACGUAUUAGCCAUCUGCAUCGGUCAGAUGCGAUUUAUUCGAUUGACGCUCGCUUCAUACCCUUCAUAUAGUCGAAUCUUAGAGCGACUUCGAACCGACCCUGAGGCUAGAUAUCUUGAUCUUGGUUGCUGCUUUGGACAAGAUAUUCGGAAGCUCUUCGUUGACGGCGUCAAAGAGGACCAAUUAGUCGGGGUAGAUCUAAUCCCAGAUUUCAACACGCUGAGUUACGAGCUAUUCCGCGAUGCGACGAAGCUAAAGUUCGAGUUCCAUGCGCUGGACAUUCUCGACGAUAACGCAGACUUUAGUCCCCUUGAAGGUCGCUUCGAUGUCUUACACCUAACUAGCUUCCUCCACAUAUGGAACUGGGAAGGCCAAAUCAAAGUUGCUCUUCGAAUUGUAUCAUUCACGAAACCAGGAAGCAUUCUAGUGGGAAGCUCUCUGGGGAGUGGAGUCGGCGGGGAAUUCCCAAAUCUCGAGGGCACCGGGACAAACUUCCGGCAGAGCGAAGAGACAUUCCAAAAGUUUUGGCUCGAGGUAAGCGAGAAAACGGGGACGCGAUGGACUCUGAAAACAAUAUUCAAGGCUACUGGCGCAUCCCAAAUGAAUAUGGACCAGGUGUGGGCUGAACCAACUAUGGGAGUUCUCCUAUUCGAGGUUACACGAACAGAAUAA